AGCACUUAGCCUGCUGGGACCAAGUGACGUUUCGAGCGUUACUCUUUCAAACAAUCUCUUAAAAAUGGCAGGGGCAAUCAUAGAGAACAUGAGCACUAAGAAAUUGGUUUUCUUGGGUGUUUUUAUUUUUGCUCUUCAAAUUCUUUCCAUCAUGAUUGGAGCUUUAAUAGCUCCCAGCCCCACCAGUGCCAUCCGCUACUUGGCCACCAAAUGUAUAAACCGCCACAAGGCACGCGGCUGGCUCGUGCCGUGGGGAUCAAAUCGAUGCCAGCAGGUCCGCAGUUUUGAUGAGCCUUUGGCAAAAACACUGGAUGCCAAUGACAUUGUUUUUGCUGUACAUGUCCCUCUUCCCAACAUGGAGAUGAGCCCCUGGUUUCAGUAUAUGCUGACUGUUCUACAGUUUGACAUUGCAUUCAAGAUGAUCAAUCAGAUUGAGGAUGAUGUUGUCAUCACUAUUGAUGCUGGCAUCGCAUACAGGGAUGAUCUGAUGUCUGAGUGGACUGCAAAAUUUCACUCAGUGGAGCAAAGGCCCCUCAGAUGUGUAUUUACAGUCCCCAAGACAUAUGACAACGAAGGUCGCUUUUAUCACUGUGACCCCAUACCAUUCAUGGAGCUGGGUACUGUUGCCCACAAAUAUUUUUUAAUCAACCUGCGCUUGCCAGUGAAUGACACAGUGAAUGUUGGCAUUGGAGAAAUAAAGGACAUCCAUAUAGUGGGCAUCCAUCAGAAUGGAGGCUUCACUAAAGUGUGGAUCAGCAUCAAGACUGUGUUCACUCCCUGGAUAUUUGUGGCAACGGCUUGGUACUGGCACAGAAUCAGCCUGAUGGCGAGACCGCCAGUCCUUUUGGAAAAGGUGAUUUUCGCUCUGGGUAUCUCUAUGACGUUCCUGAAUGUACCCGUGGAGUGGCUCUCCCUGGGCUUUGAGUGGACAUGGAUGCUGCUGUUUGAGGACGUCCAACAGGGCAUCUUCUACUCCACGCUCUUCUGUUUCUGGAUCAUCUUCUGCGGGGAGCAUCUCAUGGACCAAAGUCAGAGGAAUCGUCUCUCAGCGUACUGGUGGCAGGUCGGGCUCGUGGUUUUCGGCUCAUCUGUUCUCCUCAUAUUUGACCUGAGUGAAAGGGGGGUUCAUUUGACCAACCCUUUCUACAGUGUGUGGGCAUCAGAAAUUGGGACAAAGAUUUCAAUUACCUUUAUUAUUGUGGCAGGGAUUUCUGUUUGCCUGUAUUUCCUUUCCCUGUGUUGCAUGGUGCGUUGUGUGUUCAGGAACAUCGGUGGGAAAAUACAGCAACUUCCGUCAAUGCCACAGGCUAGGAGGCUGCACUACAAGGGUAUAAUCUUCAGGUUCAAGUUUCUGAUGCUGGUAACUCUAGCAUGUGCAGCCAUGACUGUCAUCUUCUUUAUCUUAAAUCAAGUCAGUGAAGGUCACUGGCACCGGGGAGACUACACUCUCCAGGUCCACAGUGCCUUCCUCACGGGGAUCUACGGCAUGUGGAACCUCUAUGUUUUCACCAUCAUCUUCCUGUAUGCACCUUCCCACAAGCACCACAGAGACAAGUCGGGAGACGGUCGACCCGCAGAUAUGACGGAGAAGCCGGAAAGCCAAGACACGCAGCUGACAUGUGGAGAGCAGGGCCCCACAGAGACCUACAGGAUCACUGGGAAGGUGGCUGAGGAAUAACUGCCAGCCUCGGUGCAGUUUAGAAAACCUGUAGACGUUGCCUGAGUUUUGUCCCCUGUGCCAUGGCGUCAUUAAAUAAAACACCCCUGUAAUUAUCAUGCGUGAA